AUGGAGUCUUUUAAGCAUUUAGAAGGGACCAAGAAUCAUUGGCGUGCCCUCUCGCAGGAGCCAACAAUGAUCAUUGCCUUUGCCCUCGGCACUACCAUUAGCGCCUUUAUCCUCCUCUACAUCAAUUGGUCUAAAGCUCGUCCUGUACUAGACCCAACACGCUUUCAAGAAUUCCCCCUCAUCGACAAGAAGGUGCUUAGCUCGAAUACUGCUCGGUACAGAUUUGCCUUGCCAAAGAAGGAUUCGAUGCUGGGACUGCCCAUUGGACAACAUUUGCAGGUGCAGGUGGAUGUAAAUGGGAAGAUGGUGCAGCGGAGCUAUACGCCCACUACUUCGGACGACGAGCUGGGUUUCUUUGAACUGGUGAUCAAGACCUACCCACAAGGCAACGUCUCUGCCCACGUCGGCAGUCUCAAGAUCGGCGAUCACCUCUCCGUCAAGGGUCCUCGUGGACAAAUGCGCUACCACAAUGGCAUUGCCAAGCACAUUGGUCUCGUUGCUGGUGGCACAGGUCUCACUCCCAUUCUACAAAUCGUCCAACAGGUUCUCAAAGACCCGGAAGACGAUACGCAGCUAGACUUCCUCUAUGGAAAUGUCGGAGUGGGAGAUAUUCUACUCAAGGAUGAGCUUGAUGCACUUGCUGCUAAGCACGAGCAAUUUAGGGUUCAUUACUUUUUGAAUGAUCCGCCUGAGGGAUGGGAGGGAGGAGAAGGACAUAUCUCAAAGGAGGCCAUUGCUGAGCAUUUCCCCAAGCCAAGUAGGACAAGCAAGGUACUCAUGUGUGGCCCUCCACCGAUGAUCAAUGCCUGCAAGAAGCACCUCGAGGAGCUGGGCUUUGAUGAGGCGCGGGCGGUCAGCAAAAUGGAAGACCAAGUCUUCUGCUUCUGA